AAGAUUGCUGCAAAAAUAAGGCCAACCUGGGCUACAGAGAGCUCCCUCUGGGCAUUAUAGGAAGAGGCUGUCUCAAAAGAUUAGAGGGCUGGGUAGUAGCUCAGUGGUAGAAUGCCUGCCUGGCAAGUGCAAAGACCCUGGGUUCGAUACCCAGCAUCAGAAACGAACAGACAAAGAAACAACAGAGCGGGGGCAGGGCAGCCACUUCUUUAAUCUCAACAUUGGGAAGGCAGAGACAGGAGGAUCUCUAUGAGUUCGGGACCAGCCUGGGCUACGUGGUGAGUUUCAGGAAAGCCAGGGCAUACAGUGAGACCCUGACUCAAAAACAAACAAUAUCAAUAGAGCAGCGGUGCGGAACAAAACCUUAUAGACUCCAGGUAGCUUUCUCCGCUCUUUCCAGCGAGGCGCACAAGCACAUACGCGAUCAAGAUGCUCCCGGAACCUUUAUUUACUGCCUCACCUACACGCAUUCAGGAAGGGAACGAAAGCACACUCGCGACAUUGACCGACAGCGAUUGCAGCCAAUGAGAACGCUAAAGGCUGUAAGCUACAUCCUGUAAGACAGCCAAGGAAGUGACGUCAAGAGAACCUCGGCGCCUGGUCAGAUAAACUCCAAGAGGACCAAGGCGAACUGCUUCCCUCUCUUGUGCGACUGAGAGGAAGCGAAGAUGUCAGAACGGAAAGUUCUAAACAAAUACUACCCACCUGACUUCGACCCAUCAAAGAUCCCGAAACUCAAGCUACCCAAGGACCGGCAGUAUGUGGUUCGGCUGAUGGCCCCCUUCAACAUGAGGUGUAAGACAUGUGGAGAAUACAUCUACAAGGGGAAGAAGUUCAAUGCACGCAAGGAAACGGUCCAGAACGAGGCCUACCUGGGCCUGCCCAUCUUCCGCUUCUACAUCAAGUGCACACGCUGCUUGGCCGAGAUCACCUUCAAGACAGACCCAGAGAACACGGACUACACCAUGGAGCAUGGGGCCACGCGCAACUUCCAGGCUGAGAAGCUCCUGGAGGAGGAGGAGAAGCGUGUGCAGAAGGAGCGGGAGGAUGAGGAGCUGAACAACCCCAUGAAGGUCCUAGAGAACCGCACGAAGGACUCGAAGCUGGAGAUGGAGGUGCUGGAAAACCUGCAGGAGCUGAAGGACCUGAACCAGCGGCAGGCGCACGUGGACUUUGAGGCCAUGCUGCUGCAGCACCGCCUGUCGCAGGAGCAGCGGCGACAGCAGCAGGAGGAGGAAGACGAGCGCGAGACUGCGGCCUUGCUGGAGGAGGCUCGCCACCGCAGGCUUCUGGAGGAUUCUGACUCAGAAGAUGAAGCUCCGCCUUCCCGACCACGGGCAACAGCAAGACCCAACCCCACAGCCAUCCUGGAUGAGGCGCCGAAGGCCAAGAGGAAGGCAGAGGCAGUGGGCAGCAAGGCACAGCUGGCCGGCUUGGUUGUGCCAAAGAAGGUGAAGGCAGAAGCCAAUGGGGGCUCAGAGCAGGUCCGGAUGCCUGCCACAGGUGCCCCCGAGAGCAGGAAGGCGGUCAACCUUGCACCCCAGACACCCAGGGCCUCCUCCCUGAGCCAGCUGGGUGCAUAUGGGGACAGCGAGGACAGUGACAGCUGAGCCCCCACGGUGGCAUCACAGACCCAAGAAACCAGAGAUGGGAAUAAGGAAGGCACCCUCAGCAAACACCUCGUGACAAUGUCUGCUGUGGAUCCUGGCAGGGAUGGAGGGCAGUGUCCCUCAGCACCAGGCGCCCCAGGAUGGACAGCCUGGUCCACUCCUUGCGCUAUGGCGAGCUUGUUGGCCCCACCCCUUCCUGCCACAAAUCUGAACACUAUCUGACAUGGGGCAGGGUCCCUGGGGACCAUCUCCCAACAAGGCUUGGGGCUCCAUCCACAACACAAUACUGUGUGAGAAAGAAGAUCAAUUGACAACCAUGUGGACCAGCAAGCGACCCUGCCCGAGUGUAUAACCAGGUCUUAACGCUCACCUGGGAUUACGGCCACACACCCAGCCUGGGCCUGGACCCUCAGCACAUGUCCUUCCUUCACAAUUUAGCAUUGCAUUGUUCUGGUACUGUAAAAAAACUGCCGAGGCUGAAUCUGUUGUGUAGAACACGGGGAGCCUGGUACAGAGUGGCGGUGGAGAGACAGGCACAUGUAGCCCCAACCAGCCUCCACCUCCCCAGUGAACCACCAAGCUGAUCUUAUGCCUGAAAUGUUGGUGUUGGAGUCUGCUUUUCCCUGGAAUUCUUGGCUCUAACCCCCUGAGUCCUCAAACCUCUCCCCUAGACAAGAACAAGGGCACAUCAGUGGCACCCUGGGGUUUGGUUGAAACCCUCCCCACCCCACCCCCACUUUGGCUUCCCCAGCUUUGCAGCUGUCAUCAUGUCCUUGGAACUGUCAGGUCUAAUCCGCUAUCUCCUCCAUCAGCUCCCUGGGGGCCCCUGGCAACCAGGAUAGAGUUGACCCCACCACCUGUCCCCCCAUGACUCUCUGCCUGCCUGCUGGUCACAAACCUGGCCCCUGUGCUGUAACACAUCAGCUGCAUGGGGGUGGAAGGCGCGGCUGAUACAGUCGGAUCUGCCAGUCCUCUACCCCAGACACCAUUGUGCCUCCAGCAGACUGGAGCACUGGGAAGCAGCUGGACCUCCCCCCAGACUGGGGACCUUGAAAGUCAAUGACUUGCAUUCCGCCUCCCACCCCCCGCCCCCCGCUGUGGCCCAGGGAAGCAGGUGUGUACUUCCACCUGACUGGGGAGCACUGAAGGUGGGGUCACGCCUCCUCCCUCAGGCUGUGGCUCACAGAAGUAACUGUGUACUUCAUCUGACUGGGGACCACUGAAGGCUGGGUCACGCCUCCUCCCUUAGGCUGGGUGCAGUGGGUUGCCUGCCCCACAGUAGACAGGAAGCCUUUCUACAGCACCUUCAGAUGGGAGGCUUCUCAGGGCAAGCCCUGCAUCUGCCAUCAGACUACACAAGACCUGCCUCCCUAGGGGCUGGGGCCUUUUGGUUCCCUACACAUUCCUGGCUCCUUGGGUUUUGACUUUUUGAGUGGGUCUCCCUCUGUAGACUAAAGGCAUUGGCUCCCAGCCUCACAGACCCACUGUAGACCAAUGUACCUCCCCUCCUGUCCCCGUGCUUUGGCACACUUCUUCCCAGAUUUGAGGGACAGUCAGGGAGACCCCAGUGCGCUGCUGUAUGCUGCUGCGUGAGGGAAGUCACACAGCUCCAUUGCAUGUCACCGACCGACCAGAAUGUCCAGAACAGCUGCUGCAGAGACAGGACGGAUUCAUGGGGGCUGGCCGGGACAUGGGGGUGGAAUGUUCUGGAACUAGAGUGCAGCAGGUUACAUGGCUUUUCUAACCCA